GUCAGCUGGCAGCCUGGGCUGUGCUCGCCGCUCCGGACAUAGCGCCGAGAAAAAUGCUGCUCUCCGUACCGCCAAGGGCAGGAAUCAACCCAUACAACGGCUAUAACAGCAGAAACAGCAAAAAGCAGGCCUAUGUGUCCUCCGGCCACCAGAUGGCACCCCCCAGUCCCAACACCAACAGUAGCAGCAACAGCAGCGGCGGGGGAGGGGAACAGCUGAGUAAAACCAACCUGUAUAUCCGUGGCCUCCAUCCUGGGACCACAGACCAAGACCUGGUCAAGCUCUGCCAACCGUAUGGCAAGAUUGUGUCUACAAAGGCCAUCUUGGAUAAAACCACCAACAAGUGCAAAGGCUAUGGCUUUGUGGACUUUGAUAGUCCCGCAGCAGCACAGAAGGCAGUUACAGCUCUGAAGUCCAGCGGGGUCCAGGCUCAGAUGGCCAAACAACAAGAGCAGGACCCCACCAACCUCUACAUCUCCAACCUGCCAGUGUCCAUGGAUGAGCAAGAGCUGGAGAGCAUGCUCAAGUCCUUUGGCCAGGUGAUCUCCACACGGAUCCUCCGUGACGCCAAUGGGACCAGUCGUGGUGUGGGAUUUGCCAGAAUGGAGUCCACAGAGAAGUGUGAGGCCAUUAUUCAGCAUUUCAAUGGCAAAUUCAUCAAGACUCCACCUGGAGUGCCUGUGCCCACAGAGCCCUUAUUAUGUAAGUUUGCAGACGGAGGUCAGAAGAAGAGACUGAACCAGGGGAAAUACCUCCAGAAUGGCAGGCCCUGGGCCAGAGACGGCGAGACGGGAGGAAUGACGCUUGCGUAUGACCCCACAGCCUUACAGAAUGGUUUCUACUCCUCACCCUACAGUCUGGCUCCAAAUCGAAUGAUCGCCCAGACUUCCCUCUCACCAUACAUGCAUUCUCCUGUCUCAUCCUACCAGGUACACAACCCGUCCUGGAUGCACCAUCAGUCGUACCUCAUGCAGCCAGCUGGCACUGUCCUGACUCCAACAAUGGAUCACGCCAUGUCCAUCCAGCCCACGUCUAUGAUGGGACCUCUCACCCAGCAACUCAGCCACCUGUCCCUGGGCAGUACAGGCACAUAUAUGCCUGCCAACACGACUAUGCAGGGGACCUACAUCCCCCAGUACACCCCAGUGCCUCCCUCCAGCGUCCCAGUAGAGGAGAAUGGAGGUCAACAGCAACAGGUUGCCAUGGAGACUCCCGCAGAACACACAAACUACUCAUACCAACACACCAAGUGAAGCUAAGCUCCCAGCAGGGCGGGGCUGACAACACGUGAUGAAUUGAACCAAACAGGGUUCUGCUGGAAGAUAACUGUGCUCUACAACGUCACCAAGCACCAGAACUUGAACAUGGAUGACAAAAGGAACAUGUGCUUUGGAGGAAAAAAAAAAAGGACAACACUUUACUUCAUCAGACUUUUCUGCUCUCUUCUUCAAGAGUUGAUCAACCAAAGGUGGGAACCUUCUUCAGAGAAGCUUUGAUCUAUUUUGAUAACUGAAAAAGGAAAUAACUAGAAAAAAAAGAGAAAAAAAUUAAGAAAGGAGGAAAAGACACAGAGCAUUAUUUUUGUGCACGUAAUAUAACAAAAUCUUAUUUUUAAAAAGCAUUCUGGAAGUUUCAGAGUGAUUCAAGGAAGAGUUAUAACACAAUGUGUCUUUUAUUUUUUUGUAAAAUAUGCAAACUUUUAUUUUUAUUUCCUGAUGUCUGUUUUUUGACAUUCUAUUUGCAGCAGUAGGAUAACAAUUUGUACAGACUUAAAAGCUCAACACACUUUUGUUGGUCUCAUGUUUGGCGUCAUUUCACCCAUGAGAGACAAACCGUUUAAAGCUACUUCUGACUCUGCCUGCUGCAGAUGUUUCUAUUCACGCACAGAUCAUAACACUCACUGUUCAUCGUUUUGUCGAAAUCAAUUCACUUUUGGAACUUUCAAGCACUCUUUCCUAAGUGCGCGGAAUUUAUGAACAAAAGACAAUCAUAAUUAUUGCUAUUUAUAUUUUCAUCAUAGUUUUUUUUUUUUUUUUUAGAUUUUUGAGGUCAUGAAACAUAUGAUUUAUAGUAAAAUGCUACUUAGUGCUGUAGUCUACAUAGUUUAAAAAAAAAAAAAUUGGGAAAUGGACCUUUAAAUCCUCGAGACCCACACAUUAAUGAGCUCUUAUAUUCAGGAGCCAUAAACUAAUUAUUAAAGGCUCAUAAAAUCACCAGUAUUUCCUUUGAAGAUCAUGAUCUUAUGCCAUCGUGGAUGGUCAGAUCGUUUUUGCAGUGUCCUGCGUUCAGGUUAAAUCCUAGUACAAACCAUGCAAAAAGCUCAAUGACACUGACAAUGAAAACAAGCAUGGCCACUGUAAUAAUUCACCUGUUUUGUUGCUAGGGAACAAUUUUCCAUGUCACAUCAGUGUCCAUGAGAAGUGGUUUUAAGCGGUUUAGUUGUGGUAGAUCUUCAGGUAUAAAAAUAUUCAUCUUUUGUACUAAGGAUGAAGCGAUAAGUGAACAUGCUUUAGAUUGGAGCAGUUAGAGUACUAAAAAAAAAAAAAAAAAAAGAUGUGUACAAAAGAACAAUACAGUUAUGAAGAGAUAGCCUUGCAAAGGAAUGAGGGAAAUCAAAUGGAGGACUAAGAAAGUCCCUGAGAAGAAUUUGUUUUGGCGGAAAGGGAGCUGUAAGUCUUUUUUUCAAUGCUGCUGUUGUCGCCUGAGUUUGACUGUCUGACUGUCUUUGAAUUUUUUUAUUUUUAUUGGUUUUUUUUGUGUAGAAAAUAAAUUGUGUUCUGUUUUUUGUUUUUUUUUUUUGUCUUUCACUUGAAAACCUUUGAGCUGUUUUACCUUAUUUUUUGAUGAAUUUAUUUUUUAAGUAGAAUAGAUUUUAGCUGUAGGAAGAUAGUUUUCCUAGAGUAGAUGUUAGCUUUUCUCUGUUUAGGGAUUUAUGGGAUUUAAAAAAAAAUUAGGCUAUGCUGUUUUCCUGUGCGUUUGCACGUGGUCCAUAAAGAUGACUCUUUUUUUUGUUUGUUUGUUUUUGUUUUUGUUCUGUCCUCACAUUAAUUUCCGUUCCAGAACAUUGUGUCGUCUGUCCUGAUGCUGUGUCAGGGCCUGUAUGUAGAAAGCCUCAUAAUGUAGAGAGCUGGACUAAGAGCAGUGACCUGGGUUUAUUCAAAAUAUUUGUUAUUCCUGAUCUGAAAGCAUCAUGCUGGCUGUGUGUCAGCAUCGUUGCUCCAGGAGGCUUUAUACGUACAAGCCCUGCUUUGUCUCCAAGUCUUUCGAUCAGCAUAUUCAGUGGAAGUCAUGCCACCGCAUACGUCCAGAAAUGUUGAUCCUUAAUCAAUACAGACAUCAAAACUGUAGAUAUGUAGAUAAUAAAAACAUAAUGGUUUUACAAAGGACUGCUCACUAGACCAUGGAAGUGCCAUUAAUGAUGAUUCUUAUAGCCUUUGGUGAGACAGCUAGUCUGAAUGAAUUUGUUAAUAAUCCAAAAUUCUGCAAAAACUAUUUUUUAGCUAAGCCUUAACAUUUUUCUCCGGAUGAACUGCCUGACAUCUCGUAGGUUUGACACCGAGUUGUGUGUAUGGGAAUAGCAACAGGCUUGCUUGAACGCCAUCAAGCGGUCAUCAUGUCAGUCAAAUUAGCCAUAAGAUUAUGAGAAAGCUUUUCUUCCCACUCUCGAGUUUUAAUGCAGUGAGAACACGGUUUGCUGUUUUAUUUAGUCUGUCUGAUGACUCUAUUUCUUCCUCUGUUCUGUCCUCACAUCUCGCUCUAGCCCUGUUUCUGUUCAUCUGUGCCACCAAAGACGAUGUAGCCACCCGUCUGUUAGCCAAGCUGUCUGACAAAGAUAAAUAUUACUCACAUCCGCACGCACGCAUUGAUUGUGUGUAAUUGGAUAAAAUGCCUCUUUUAGUUUCUGAACGAUACAGAAUGUGUCAGUAAAUGUGUUUACAUGCACGUAGUAUUCCACAUUAUGAAUAAUGUUAAAAUCUGUGAGGCCCAAUUUGGGAUAAUCUGUUAAAUUGCAUCCUUUUGCUCGAGUUGAAUAAUGAAUCUAAUGAAUAUUCCUGUGUAGAAAAAUAAACAAAAUAUUCAGAUCAUUGCAAUGGCUUCAGCAAACCCUGAAUGCCGAUAAUACACAGAUAUAGACCACAGUAGAUAUCCCAGAUAAUUUUCCUUUUGCAGAACUGACUGUGCUGGGAUGCUCUGUUUAUGUCUGUCAACUCAAGAGGAAAAUCCUUUCCUCUCAUGCAUAAUAAUGGAAUAUGGGAGCACAUGUAAAGACAUUUACUGAAUGAACUUUACCUUUCAAAAACACCCAACAUGGUUGUAUAUCUGUAAAUUUAUGUUAGCAUUAGGAAGUGUGUAGAGGAUUGUGCUUGGUUUCUAUGAUGGUGUCAAACAUGACAGUUUUCAAACACAAGAACCAUUUUGUAAAUACAUUCUUUUUUUCUUCCCUGUCACUUGCUCCUUUUACCAUUUUGUUUGUUUCCACUCAUGUGUUUUGUAGAUAUUUCAUGAUUAAUAAUCUGUCCAGAUUACACAACAGCUAGCAACUUUUCAGAUCCAGCGCACCAACGUCAUGAAGGAAAAUGUCAUGGAUAUUGUUUAUUUGUUCAGAAAAAAUAAUAUUCCAUGUAUUAGCCAUCACUUUUAAUACAAAAAAGGAUUUUGGAACUAUGAAAUGACCACUUGUUACACUGCAGUGUUUAUUUAUUUUAGUUUUAAAACUUGUCAGUAGAAAUAAUGAUAUAUUCCAGGAAAUCAUGAUGUUUUAAACUCAAUUUGCAUCAUGAAAACUAUUAAAGAUAAAUAAAUAAAUAAAUUAGGUCAUCGUAAUACUAUGAUCCAUGGUGUGUACUAUAUAUACAAUAUUUGAUAGAGGAAAUGUCCUUGCACUUAUUUUUUAGUCCACACCAAUUUUAAAAAAAAAAAAA